CAAUUGCCUCCCCACAACCACUACCUACACGCACAUACACACACACACACAAUGGCCCCCCUUAAGCUCAGCAACAAGAACCUCUCACAGAUUGCCUCCACUGCCGGCGAGCACCAGGUGCAAGUACCAACCUACCAGCGCGGGGAUGCCGUGAAGGAGGGCAUCGUCCACGUCGGGGUGGGCGGCUUCCACCGCGCCCACCUGGCCGUGUACGUCGACCAGCUGAUGCAGAAGCACGGGGAGAAGAACUACGCCAUCUGCGGCGUGGGACUGCAGCCGUUUGACGCGGCGAUGCGCGACGCCCUGGGGUCGCAGGACCACCUGUACACGGUGAUCGAGCGGUCGGCCAAGGGGAGCUUCGCGCACGUCGUGGGCGCCAUCAACUCGUACCUGUUCGCGCCGGACGACCGCGAGGCGGUCAUCGCCAAGAUGGCUCACCCCGAUACGCACAUUGUCUCGCUGACCAUCACCGAGAGCGGCUACUACUACAACGAGAACACCCACGAGCUGCAGAGCGAGCACCCGGACAUCCAGUAUGAUCUCGACCCGGCCCACGAGACCGCCCCGCGCACCACCUUCGGCUUCCUGUACGCGGCGCUGGCCCGCCGUCACCAGCAGGGCCUCAAGCCCUUCACCGUCAUGUCGUGCGAUAACAUGCAGAAGAACGGCUCCAUCACGCGCCACAUGCUAGAGUCGUUCGCGCGGCUGAAGAACCCGACGAUCGCCGAGUGGAUCGCCACGCAGGGCGCCUUCCCCAACGCCAUGGUCGACCGCAUCACCCCGCAGACCUCGGCCGCCGAUAAGACGGCCCUCGCCGACAAGUUCAGCAUCGAGGACAGCUGGCCCGUCGUCACCGAGCCGUUCAUGCAGUGGGUCAUCGAGGACCAGUUCGCCGACGGCCGCCCGCCCUUCGAGAAGGUCGGCGUGCAGGUCGUCAAGAACGUCCACGACGUCGAGCAGUUCGAGAAGCACAAGCUGCGCCUGCUGAACGGCAGCCACUCCGCCCUGGGCUACCCGGGCCAGCUGGCGGGCUUCCAGUACGUGCACGAGGUGAUGGAGAACCCGACCUUCAACAAGUUCGUCUGGCAGAUGAUGCAGGACGAGGUGAAGCCCUUGCUUCCCGACAUCCCGGGUGUCGACAUCGACGAGUACUGCAAGACCCUGAUGGGCCGCUUCGAGAACCCCACCAUCAUGGACCAGCUGCCGCGCAUCUGCCUCAACGCCUCCGGCAAGAUCCCCCAGUUCAUCAUGCCCUCCAUCGCCGAGGCCAUCUGGGUCAAGGCCCCCUUCCGGAGGCUGUGCUUUGUCGCCGCCGCCUGGUUCCGCUACGUCAACGGCAUCGACGACGCCGGCAACAAAUUCCAGGUCGACGACCCCAUGCGCGACGAGCUGCAGGCCAAGGCCCGCGCCGGCGGCACCAAGCCCCACGAGCUGCUGAGCAUCAAGACCCUCUUCGGCGACGAUCUGCGCAGCGACGAGCGGUUCCUGAAGCAAAUCACCCAGGCCAUGGAGGAGAUCGACCGCGACGGCAUCCUCAAGACCUUGCCGAAGUAUGUGGACUAGAUUGCGGUACCAUAUCCCUAUAUACCUUAGAAGACGGUGAGAAACGACCGAAGGGCAUGAAAUUGCGCAUAUCUUAAUUUGGGUUACUUGCAAGCGUUGGGGUUUUGUAUAUAGUUGAUACGGUUUCUGCCAUUUGGCUUUCGGAUAUGUGAAGCGUCAUGCGGGAUUGAGUUACGAAAGAACGAGCAUAGAAAAAUCUCACCCUUUUGUUUUUUGUUUUUUUUCUUGCUGCAUACAAGAUAGAGAUGAUGUUAGAUUAGGUUUGGUUUAUUUAUGUCUUC